GCACUAGACUCACUCUUCAUUCGAAAGUAGUUAACCUUUUUAGGUGAAAAUUUUUAUCACUAAAAAUGAUGAGAGUGGAGUUGAUCUUUAUGCCAGUUCCUGAAGUUGGUCAUCUAGUAGCUACAGCAGAACUUGCAAAGCUGCUUGUUGGUCGUGAUGAACGAAUCUCAGUCAGAAUCCUGAUACAGAAGAUGCCUUAUGACACUGGGUUUGCUGGCUUCACUCAGAAGCUUAAGAAAGAUGUUCCUGAGCGCAUAGACUUUGUGGACAUUCCUGCUCCAGAUGAGACUACUAUGGCAGAGCUUAAGGCUCUACCACUCACAUCAUUCCAUGAAGCCUUCGUCUCAAAUCAACGAACAGUGGUGAGAGAUAUAGUUACAGCAAUUUUGAAGCAGUCUGAGACUUCCAAGCUUGGUGGAUUUGUACUUGAUUUGUUUACUACCCCCAUGAUAGAAGUAGCUAAUGACUUCAAUGUUCCGGCUUAUGUAUUCUUCACUUCUAGUGCUGCUUAUCUUAAUAUCGCGUUUUAUGCUCAAGAUCUCAAAGACAGCAAAAACCUGGAAAUUUCAGGGUUCAAGAACUUGGAUAUUGAGCUCUCUGUUCCAGGUUUCUCAAAUCUGGUUCCUGCUAAGGGUCUGCCUGCAGUAAUUCUAGACGAGGCUGGAUCUGCCUUGAUGAGAACUAUAGCCAGAAGGCUACGGAAGACCAAAGCUAUUUUUCUCAACACAGUUUUGGAGCUGGAAGCUCGUGCUAUCAAGGCCCUUGAAGAGGAUGGGAACACACCUGUUAUUUACCAUGUAGGUCCUUUAAUAAAUUCUGAAAUAGGCCAGCCAACAUCCCAAAACAAAAUAUCCAAUGAGGCCAUAAUGAGCUGGUUGGACAGGCAACCAUGCACACUAACAUGCACAUCUGUAGUAUUUUUGUGCUUCGGGAGUAAGGGAAGCUUUGAUAUCGAGCAAGUAAAGGAGAUAGCAUGUGCAUUGGAGCUCAGCGGACACCAUUUCUUGUGGUCUCUACGAUGCCCGUCUCAAACUAAGGAAAAAAGGGAUCUGCCAAAAGAUUAUGAGGAUUACAAUGAGGUGUUGCCAGAAGGUUUCUUGGAGCGGACAUCAGGAAGAGGAAAGGUUAUUGGAUGGGCGCCACAGAUGACAAUCCUUUCCCAUCCAGCAGUAGGAGGAUUUGUGUCUCAUUGUGGUUGGAACUCGACGCUAGAGAGCGUAUGGUGUGGUGUGCCAAUAGCUACUUGGCCAAUUUACGCUGAGCAGCAAACCAAUGCAUUUCAGUUGGUGAAGGAGCUGGGAUUGGCAGUUGAAAUUACGUUGGAUUACAGGAAAGAUUUAAUUGGAGAUGUAUCACCAACUGUGACAGCACAAGAGAUAGAACUUGGCAUAAGGCGUCUGAUGAAUGCGGGAAGUGAAAUGAGAAACAAGGUGAAAGCAAUGAAAGACUUAUGCAGAAAAGCAAACAAUGAGGGUGGCUCAUCGUAUAGUUCACUCGGGCAGUUCAUCGAGGAAGUCAUUGAUAACAUCAAUUAAGCAAACAAAUAAGUGAAACAAAAGACUGGAACACAUGAAACUAUGUUUUCAGGUGUCAGUUGUCCAAGUAAGCCCGGGGAAUUGCAGAAUAGUAUCAUUUGGUACUUCACAAAGGCCUCCAGAAGUACUUGUUGUCGUUAAUACUUGACCUCAUGGUUGCGGUGACUUGCAGUUUUAUUAUGGUUGUAGUUUGAUAUGUGUUUAAUCCCAGUAGUCACGUUAUUUUCUAUUUGUUCAUAAGAUUUGCUUAUAUAAAAUAAAAGUAUAAAACUCAUGU